AUGGCGCAGAACUCGCAAACACAAAAGUCAAAAUGGGGAGUGGGUUCUUUUUUCCAGCAGGCAGUAGCCGGCGUCGAGUCUCGGCUGGAUCAUAUCUUGAUGGAUGAGGAGGGAAACCAGACCGGCUCUAUUGCAAAGCCUACUGAAAAUCAAGGCGGAGAAGCAUCAUCGACAAAAGCUCCUAUUGCUUCGGUUUCCCGCAGUUCGUCGACCGCGCGAAGAAAUGACCGGCUUCAGGAACGUCUAGCUCGAGCUAUGGUGAAGCAAAACACCUCGAAUCUCUCUUCCCAGUCUCCUCAGAGCCGAGUCUCAUCAUUGCCUACUAGUCCAGUACCUAGCAACGGGGCUCGGUCUAGUAUGGAAAUUGAUUCUAGCGUUGCAUCGGUGAAUAGUGCGGUGGAAACCCCUAAGAUUUCUCAGCCGAAUGACAACAAUGCAGCUAAAUCAGCCUCACCUAAGGUAAGCUACGACUCCGGGGUAUCACCGCGUGUCUCAACGGACAUCAGCAUCGCAGAUUCCAUGCCCAGGGCCUCUCUGGAUGUGGCUCAAUCAUCAACCGACUCGGCCAGAGCUAGUCAAGAAUUAUCGGAUUCUCAACGCAACUUAAUACUUAGCGAAGUUGCUAAGGGCGAUAGUCCACGAGUUAGCGUUGAAUCGCCAUCACAGGUACCAGAGGAAAAUGAAAAUCCGGAUAUCGCUCGCUUGCAGGCCGAGCAUAAAGUUGCCGAGUCUCAAUGGCAAGAAGAAAUGCAUGGCUAUAUCGAACGAAUUGAUGCAUUGCAGUCGAAGUUAAAAUACCUCGCAAAGGAUGCUGCGGAAUCGGCUAAAAAUGCUGCGGCAAGUGCUACCCCAGGGAGUACGCAAAAACAGCUCCUAGAGAAAGAUGAGAAGAUUGCAUUGCUUCUUGAAGAAGGGCAAAAGCUGUCCAAAUCGGAGAUGGACCACCGCACAGUGAUCAAAAAAUUGCGUCAGCAACUUGCCGAAAAUACAAAAUCUCAGACUGAAAUGAAGAGAAAGACGGACAAGCUUGAGCGCGACUUGGUCAACUCCGAGGCAAGAGCUAAGAGGGCAGAGACCGCAGAGAAGAGGGCAACCGAGUCUUUGUCAUCCCAAACAAAGUCGACUAAAGACUUGGAAGCUGUUACCAAUGAACGCAAUGCACUCAACCUGACCGUCCAAGAAAUAAAAUCGCAAUUGAGUCGGGCGGUUUCCCGCGCUGAACACGCGGAGACAAAGGCGAACUCUGAUGCUCUAGAGCUGGAGAAGCAACGGGCGGCGGAGCUAGAUGAGGAGCUAUGCAAUCUGAAGAUCGAGCGAGACAUCGGUGAAGAAAUUUCCAAGAGGGAAAUUACCGAGUUGAAGGAAAAGAUUGAGCAAGAGAAAGAAAGAGCUCGAAUGCUGGAGGCUGAAUUGAAAGGCGAACAGUCAGUCUUGGAAAGCAAGAUGGAAAGCCUGCGCUCCCGCGCAGAGGAAGCUUCAUCGGGGGCAACGGGAGAGACCCAAGCCAAACUUUUGCGUCAGAUCGAGACCCUGCAAACUCAAUAUGCUGCCGCUAGUGAAAACUGGCACACACUGGAGGGCUCUUUGCUCUCACGCCUGGCUAGUGUGGAGCAGGAACGCGAUGAUGCCGGUCGGCGUGAGAUCGACCUUCGGAAAAAGAUUCGAGAGAUGAACCACAAGUUGAAGAAGUUAGAAGAGGAACUAGACAACGCCAAAGAAGUUGAGCACGAUUUGGACAGCAGGCUCGAGGAACGCAUGGAAGAUCUGCAGAAGCUACAACAUAAAUUUGAGAAAGCGGCAGAGGACCUCGUCUCAACGCAAAAGGACAUGGCCGAGCAGAAGAAAACAUGCGACGCAACGUGGGCACAGAAGCUCGAGGAAGAGCGGGCCAAGUGGAGAGAGCAGGUGAACUCCCCGUCGCAACUACGUGGAGUAUCACCCGUCGCAUCUCUACGGCGAUCGAGCACCCUCGAGGCCAUGACCCCAGGGCUGUCGGACUUCCACCCUCCUAGCCGGCGCUCAUCUAACAUGGCUUUCACCUCGCCGGAAAUCGGCACUCCAACUCGGCAAAACUCUUACCCUGCUUCGAUCACCCAAGCUACGCUUUCUCCUCCACACAUCAACACCAAUUCAUCAAUCCUGGCAGCGCCCUCUAUCAGCUUUGAGCCGGAAGAAUAUUUCGAAGAUUCUGGCACUCCUGCCACUCCUGCCACUCCUUCUGCGUAUGGCGGCAUCCAAGCGCCUCCGUCGCGCGGUGUCAACGACAUUAUCUCCGAGUCAACUGUCGGUGCUGGCCCUUCUGUGCAGCUGGUCGAGCGGAUGAGUGCCACAGUCCGCCGCCUAGAAAGCGAGCGCGCCGGCUCCAAGGACGAGCUGGCCCGCGUAACUACCCAGCGUGACGAAGCCCGGCAACAAGUUGUUGAUCUUAUGCGUGAGCUCGAAGAGAAGCAGCUCUCGGAAUCUCGCGUGCAGAAACUCGAAGCGGAACUCGAAGAACUUGAUCAGCGCUACCAGACUACCCUUGAGAUGCUAGGUGAAAAGAGCGAGCUGGUUGAUGAACUCAACGCUGACAUCGCUGAUCUCAAGAAGAUCUACCGCGAAUUGGUUGACAGUACUAUGAAAUGA